AUGAACAACGAAAUUACGAAAAGCUUGUUUCCAUAUGAGGCGAAAUUCUUUAAGGGCAUUUUUGACAAGUACAUAAAAAAUGAAGACUACAACGAGGACAUGAAGGUGGUUAGGAGUUCCAAGAAUUUAAUGGAGGAAGUUAUUAGCAAAGAAAAUGGAUUAAACUUUUAUUUGGAUGAACAAUUUGAUGACACAUUUUUGCAAAGAUGCAAGUUAGUGUUUUUUCGAAAAUUGUUAAAGUUUGUCCAUGGAAGGAAAGAGAAAAAUAUUCCUCAGGGGGGUAGUUUUUCCGAUGUGGGAGGGACGGGGCAGAGUGUAGACACGGUUGGUGAGCAGCAGACAAAACAUGUUAACGAAGGAAUGGGAAAUGUAAAAGAGCUGCCAGACUAUUUCGUCUUUAACAAGAAAAUUAAUGUUAUAAAUAGUUAUCGAAUUUAUAGCUACUGCUCGAACAUCAUUCAAUCCCUUCCCUCCCUCACCUACUUUUCUGUUGUAAAGAUAUACUUGGCGAACUAUCCGUUGAGUGUCUUUUUGUCUUGUGUUUACUUCUACACGUUUGUGACGUACGUGUGCGAUGGGGAGAACCUGAUAGAGUUCCUGGAGUCGCUGUUCUUCUCCCUCAUAGUUACCAUCGGCUGCGUUGCUCUAACCGCCGUGCACUACGCGAAGGAGAACAGAAUCAAUUCUAUCAUGUCUAAGAUGAACAAUUUUAAGGAAAACUACAUAUGUCGGAACUUUAUAAAAAAGAAAGCAAAGGGGAAAGCCAUGUUUGCCAAAUUUGAAAGCAGAAAAACGGUCGAAAUAAAAAAGUAUUCCAAGUAUUUCUUCCUGAAGAGUUUUUUGAACAGAAUAAAUGAGGAGCUGUUUGAUUACGAGGUGUUCAAGGGGGACAAGCAUUCCACCUAUGUGCAGGAGAAUUUUAAGGAAAUUAUCCCCUUCAAACAUAAUGCUGCGAAUUCUCAGGGGGGUGAGUUAGCGCCAAAUGGGCAAAGAUCGGAGGGCAAAAGUGCAAACACAUGCAGAGUCAGCGUGGAGGGUGUAUUCACAGACGGGGGAAGUAAAACGGGCUCGAAGUUGCUAUCCAGUGGGGAGCUAAAAAAUGAAAGCGUAGUGCUGCACGAUGAGGAAGGAAGAUCCAAUGUAGCUGCCAAGAAGAAGGUUCUCCUGAGUAACGAAUCAGACGGGGAGAAGAACCCCAAUGGAGACACGCAAACUGUAGGCAAAAAAAACUCCACCGAAAUAGCAAUAGAGAAAAAAAGGAACCUACUAAACUACAUAAUAUACGAGAAUAACAUCUACAAAAUUAACAGUAAGAACAUUUUAGUAGGUGAUAUUGUGUACCUGUUUAAGGGGGACGUCAUCCCAGCAGAUGGAAUCCUCAUCAGAUGUAACAACAUGGUUGUAGAUGAGUCGAACAUUUUAAAAUCGGAAAAAACAUGGAAGAAAAAAAUUAGCCUUGACGAAUAUAUGUACUACUAUGAGAAAUCUAAAAAGAGAAAAAUCAGCGUUAACGAGCUGAGGAAGAAGAAACUGAAUUAUUUCGAAAUACUCAAUUUGAAGGUAAAAAUGACCUUGAAAAGGCUUAGUAGAGAGGAGGAGGGGGACCCAAAUGCAGCAAUCACAAAGGGGGAGCAUAAUAGUGAUGAUACACCAAAAGAUGAGGGGAAUAAAAUGGACAAAUUAAGUCAAAGUGGAGAAAAUAGAGGCAGUAAAAAUAAGGGAUUAGUUGGAAAUUUUGAAAAAUUAUUUGAAUACUCUCCUCUUGUCCUAUCAGAAUCGACCGUAAGAGACGGAACAGGAAUCAUGCUAACCACCUGCGUUAGUAAAAAUAAGCAAAUGUUCCAGAAUACGAUAAAAGACAUGGAGGAAAGUACCGAACUUGAAGACAUCAUAAAUGGCUUUUCAAAAAAUGUGGUCAUUAUAAUAAUAUUUUAUUGCAUUCUCUGCAUCCUUUUCGUGUUUAUUCACUUUUUAAUAAAAAUGGUGGAAAAUAAUAUGCAGACGUCUGCCUACAAUAUGCUGAUGUUUUUGCUUAACUGUAUCAUUUUGGAAAUCCUAAAGUACCUUUUGUUGUCCAUUGAUCAGAUGCCUCUACUGCUGCAAAACUGCAUAGCGUUAAAUUCGAGGCAAAUAAUGCGGGAAAAUUUUAUCCUAAAGAGGAAGAAUACUUUUGAGAAAAUUCUCUUUACUAACAUGAUUUAUGUAGACUUGGAAAAAUACACAAAGUACAGGUGUGUGUACUUCCUUUGCAACGCUGAUAUGUGCUUCUGCACCGACUGUGGUGUAAUGCGAGGUUUGCAAGUAGAGCAAAGGUCUGUUAACUUGGCUCAGGACCAGGGGAAAAAAGCAGAAAUAUCGAGGAGCCUCUUUUUCAAGAUGUUAGUGCAGAGCAUUCUCACAACCAGCAACUUAUACCAUUACAAUGAAAACUUUCUGCACAUAGAUUUGUCCCUAUUAAAAUUCUUGAGAAAAUUCGAAAUAAACCUAGAAGAUUAUUUCAUCCCCAAGAAGCGCUUAUUUCGUGUUAUACCUGGUGGGAAGGAUUUUGUCAUUGCGUUUGUCUUGUCGGAGGAAGGGUUUUUGUGUCAGAAGGGUCUUGGUGUGCAGGGCGGGGAUCCCCUCAGCGUGCUGCGUAUAUUCAUCAGGGGUCGUGCAAGUCUGGUCCUCCCCAAAUGCAGCCAGUACCUGGACGGGGAUGCACUUCGCAGUGACAUCGCCCAGCUGAAGGGAAAAGUCCAACAGAUGCACCAGCAGAAGCACGAAGAAGUCCUAUGCUUCGCAUACAAAGAAAUAGCGCUCAAUGCGAAGGAGAGUGAGGAGCUCUUCCAAUACGAAGACGACAACGACUACACAUUUGACAAUAAGGAGAUGAAUAAGAACCUGGAGGAAACCUACCUCAAGUAUGUAGAACAGAAUGAUUACACAUGUGUUUCCAUCUUGGUGUUCGAAAAAAUGCUAAGCAAGCAUUUCUACUUCGAUUACAAAAUGUUGGAAGGAAAUGGAAUGAGCGUGAAGUUGUUCACCAAGGACAGCAUGUCUAAGGUGAAGAAGCUGUUUUGCGACUUCCCCCAUUUCUUUGAAAAUUUCAAGCUGUACAAUGCAAAGUUGGUGGGCGAAGAGGAAGCGCUAGAUUUGCACUACCAAGGUGAGGACGACGGGGUUGGUAGCCAUCCCCAGGGGGAGGACAAGAAAAACGCAAAAGCCAAUUCAAAAAACAUAGAAGAAAAAGACCGAGAUGGAAAUGAAUACAAUGAGACAACCCAUGCGGAGGGAAAAAAUCUAGUAAAUUACACCCUGAAGAAGGGGGAUGGCAAAUCUUUGGCGCGGAACAAAUGCAGGAGUGAAAUUUUAAAUUUGAAAGAAUGCGAUGAUAACGUGAUGAUAAAUAUGGCUAGCCAAAAUGAAGCGCGAAAAAAAAAACACGAUUUUCUCCUAAGUAACAACAUUUUUUACAAAUGUGAGAAUGCGGAGUUAUCACGUCUGUUGAGCAUUUCCAAUUAUUAUGGGAAGAACGCUCUCGUGACAAAUGAAAGCAGUGUAGACUGCGAAGAGGGAUCGUACAGUCUACGCAUAUGCGAUAACAGAGGUAGAGGAGAAAGUAAAGAAAAAAGCGACCUUGUCAUUUUGAACAAAAGUUUGUAUGAUUUUGUAAAAUUGAAAAAUUUCUCAAAUUGUAUUCUCACAAAUAUAAAGCUAUUCAUCGAGUAUAACAUCACCUUUUAUGUCUGCCUUGUAAUUUUUUCAACCGUUUGUACUUUGGUAAAUGGGUUUGAAUUUUUAAGUACCAUACAAAUAUUGUAUAUAUAUUUUGUGAAGAACGUUAUUUUCCACUACCUAUCUUGUUAUCGAAAAAGUUUUAUAAGUACCGUCGGGAAGAAGAAAAAACAGACCUACGACUUUUUUAAGGAAAAUGACAUCAACAGUAUGAUUUCCUCUAUUUUAUCCAAGACGGUGAUUCUCUUUUUGGUAUUUUUUUUUGGACAUUUAUUCAUUCCUGAGUCUAAAUGGGGUUUUGUGACCGAUGACCAGAGGAACUUGUUCGAAUUUUCCGAGUUCGCAUACACUACUGAUAGGGAGCAAUCCAGCUACUUUCACACAAUACGGUCUUGUAUUCGUUUUAAGAAAAAUUUAGAAAAUUUAAAAAUAGAAAAUGUUAUUGAUGUAAAGAAUGAUUACAGAUCCAUGGCUGAAUGGGACAGCUAUAUCAGUCCGAGCAGACAUGGCACUAUUCUGUUUAACCUUUUUUUUCUCUUUUUCUUUUUCUCCUAUGUUCAUAUUUAUUUGAAGUCCUUUUUGAGGGACAUACACAUAUAUUGGGAAAUGUACAAGGGGUUGCAAACUGACAGAUUUAGGAACUACAUUAUCCCUCUACUGGGUAGCGAGCCCAUUCGUAGGAAGGACCUCUCCGAAGAUAUUCACCACUUUAUGGAGGAGCUGAAGGGGGAGGGCAGAUCUACUACCUUGGUUAACACCAAAAAUGUGAAGAAUUCGGAAAUGGGACCAAACAGCCAACUUGAAAAUGGCGAAGAGGGGAAAAAUGCAAGUGGAAAGAUACCCCCCACGGAGGAAGAGCACAACGGAGAGAAGAAGUUUUCUUUACUAAAAAUAGCUAGUCAAAUAAUCUCCAAAUCAAGCCUACCCAAUGACAAUUUUAAUGUGAUGUUACUGAACCUUGUUUGGGAAAAUUACAUGGCAUUCAUAAUUUUUCUCAUUCUCCUGGGGUUACACAUUUUUGUCAUUCAGUUCGGUUCAUUCUUUUUUAACUUACACGUGACGGGGUUGACUCUCCUGCAGUGGGUAUUUUGUUUCGCCUGUUGUUUGCUGGACUUGGUUCUUUACUUUGUUACUUUGCGUCUGGGGUUGUUUCUCCUGCCCGCCAGUUCUUUUAAAACUUUCCAGAAUUUGUACGAGCCGCGGGAAAGGAGCGUAUUUGACACCCUGAAUGAAUACAAGCGGAGUUACAUGUCCAAGCGGUAUAAGUACGACCUGAAGGUGACACGCAAAAGUUGGGUGUGA